UUGAGUGAGAGAUGGCCUCCAGGGUUCGGGACACCCUGAUCGGGUUGAUGGAUGGAAUGACGAACUCUCAUCAGACGACGUUUCUGACAAACAAAGUCGGGGGUGAUCCAGACUGGCCUCCGCUCAUUGCGCCGCAGUCUCCCCGCUGCGGUGUGUGCGGAGCCCCGAGUGCUCACGUGGUGCAGGUGUACUGUCCCCUGGAGGCGUCACCGUACCACAGGACCCUGCACCUGUUCGCAUGCUCCCGGUCGGACUGCAGCGGACGGUCGGAGGCCUGGUCGGCGCUCCGCUCUCAGAGUCUGGAGCCGGCGGACACUUCCGGUCGGCCCGCCCCGCAUCAGGAGGCUCCUCCGCCGGCCACGGACUGGUGUUCGUCCGCUGAUGACUGGGGCACGGUGGAUGAUGGGUGGGAGGAGGUUGUGGAGCAGAAAGUCCAGGUCCAGGAGCAGACAGCUCUGCAGACAGAAGUCAGUCAGAUGGAUGUCAGCCGUGGACUUCAGCACCUCAGCCUGGAUGAAUCCAAAGAUAUUAACAUCUAUCGUCCUUUCUUCAUCAGUGUGGUGGAGGAGUCAGAUCUGUGUGAAGACGAAGACUUGGGCCAUGCCCAGGAGUUGCUCAGAGAGUAUGAGAGGAGGGAGGGGGUAGCAGUAGGGGGUCUGCAGGGGGCUUCCAGGACUGAAGAGGAGAAGUACGAGAAGACGAGAGCGCGACACGGAGAUGCUGUUUUCUCAAGGUUCAUGAAGACCAUCUCGGUGUGUCCUCAGCAGAUCCUGAGGUACCAUCGGGGAGGAAAAUCCCUCUUCGUCUCCGAGCCUCCCUCAAACAUGGGUCAGCUGGUUCCGGCGUGCGUCUCCUGUGGAGGACCCAGAACCUUCGAGCUGCAGCUGAUGCCAGCUUUGGUCAGCUUGCUGCAGACGAAGGAAGGCAGCUCAGAAACUGAGCUGGAGUUCGGAACCGUCUUGGUUUACACGUGCACCAACAGCUGCUGGAGCUCAGGCUCAGACUCUGCUGUGGAGGAGUUCUGCUUCGUUCAGGCAGACCCGGACCAGAAGCUCUUUAAAUGACACCAAACAUAUCUCAUUUCCUAAAGAAAAGAGUCAGGGCAGCUUCGAGUGGAACAGUGACACUAGAAUUUACCAUUAAAGUAUUUCUGAAAGCAGAACACCAAAUAUAUUUAAACAUUUUUUUCACACAAGUUCACAACAUAAAACGUUAUUCAGCAAAACAAUGUAAACCUUAAACAUGCAGGCAUCACUUCUACUAGAGCAGAACCACUUAAUGUAUCAAAAACAGAUUUAUGAAAAAUUAUUAAAUGUUAUUUCUGUACAACUUUAA